GAUGAAUUGAAAGGAAGAUGACGUUACAGGACCAGUCAUCAUCAACGGGCCGAACGGGAUCCACUGCUUAUUACCAGUACCGGUACCGACCUGCCGGUAUCCUGACAGUGCUCGUUCUCUGUAAUACCGGUUUUAGGUAACCACUUAUUAACUGGCUCUCCUUGCACUCACUCAACCCUGCCUCAUUGCGCCGAGAUAAUCAUCUGUCGGUCGCAUAUAUGAACGAGAGGAUCAAUUAAUUUAAAGUAGAUCAUAGCUACCCUUUCUUCGCCGUGGACAGUAUCUCUCUCUCUCUCCCCUUGCUUUCGCGACCUGGAUAAUGCAAAUACUCCCAACCAUGGGGGAAUGGUGGUGGAAAAAGGUCUUUCUGGUGGCAGUCACGACUCUGGGGAUCAGUUCAACAGUAAAUGCAGCCUCCAGAGACCAGUGGCUCGGUCGCUCGGUCUAUCAAAUCGUCACCGAUCGGUUUGCGCGCUCCGACAACUCCACCUCCGCCGCUUGUGAUCCAGCCCAGGGCAACUACUGCGGAGGCUCUUUUCAGGGCAUCAUCUACAAACUAGACUAUAUCCAGGAUCUCGGGUUUGACGCGAUCUGGAUCUCUCCAGCCCAAAGCCAAAUCUCCGCUCGAACAGCGGCGCUCUCAGCAUACCAUGGGUAUUGGCCAAAUGACCUUUAUGCCAUCAAUUCGCACUUUGGCACCUCUGAUGACCUCGAGGCUUUGUCUGCGGCGUUGCACGCCCGGGGAAUGUACCUGAUGCUGGAUGUUGUCGUUGGGGACAUGGCCUGGGCCGGUAACUCCUCCACCGUUGACUACAGCAAGUUUAACCCUUUCAACGAUCGAAAAUACUUUCACGACUUCAAACUACUCUCGUCUGACCCCCACAACAAAACCUGUGUUCUCGAUUGCUGGCUGGGAGACGACAUCGUCUCGUUGCCAGAUCUGCGUAACGAGGACCACCAAGUCCAGCAGAUGCUGGGCACCUGGGUUUCCGAGCUGGUAUCGAACUACUCGAUUGAUGGCUUGCGCAUUGACAGCGUCUUAAACAUUCCCCCGGUCUUCUUUUCCGACUUCAGUAAAUCGGCGGGGGUCUUUACCGUGGGCGAAGGCGCGACAAGGACCGCCCAAGAUUAUUGUCCUUUGCAGUCCAGUCUGGGUGGUUUGUUGAAUUAUCCGCUAUACUAUAUUCUUACAGAGGCCUUCAACACGACCAAUGGAGACCUAACCACGAUUGUCGAGUCUAUCGACUUCAUCAAGACACAGUGUGAGGACGUCCUAGCUCUGGGAACCUUCACGUCAAACCAGGACGUUCCUCGCUUCGGCUCGUACACUUCGGAUAUAUCACUUGCUCGCAACAUCCUCACAAUUAGCAUGCUUGCUGAUGGUAUUCCAAUCCUCUACUAUGGCGAAGAGCAGCACUUGUCGGGCGGAUUUAACCCGGUCAAUCGCGAGGCUCUCUGGCUCACCAAAUACUCGAUGGACUCCACCCCCCUCCCCUUGCUCGUCCAAUCGCUGAACCGUAUUCGAUCGUAUGCCAGCGGAGACGGAAAAGAGUAUACGGUCAGCUCACGAUCUGGGGACGACUACCUCUCGUAUCUUUCCUUGCCAAUUUUCAAUUCGACCAACAUCCUCGCCAUGCGCAAGGGCUUUGCCGGCAAUCAGGUUGUGAGUGUCGUAUCCAACCUCGGAGCCAAGCCAGCCACCAAAGCAACCACCAAGAUCACGCUGGGCUCCGACGGCACAGGAUUCCAAUCCCGACAGAACGUGACGGAGAUCCUGUCUUGCAAAACAUUCGUCACCGAUUCGAAAGGUAAUCUCGCCGUUGAUCUAAGCUCGGAUGGGGGGCCUCGGGUCUACUAUCCCACUGAGAGCCUGAAAGACAGCACCAACCUCUGUGCCGAUAAGUCUGAAACAACAAAACCUAGUAGCUCGGCAGCCUCAUCAGUGAGCCCCUCGCCUUCCACUGGUGCUGAUUCUUCCUUGUUCGGCCUGUCAUCGUGGAAGAUAAGGACAGUCCUGGUUACGGCUGCUAUGACCUCCUCCUACCUGAUUAUCUGAUCUGCUGGAUUCCCCCUUCUGUUUCGCUUAUCAUUUUGUAAUUGAGAUUUCUUUUGCGCUCAUUCAGUUGAUGUUCUUUGCAUUUGACGUUCGAUCCGUGGUUUUACUAUAGACCCUCUGCGAUAAUAUCACACUCGAUAUUCUCUGUGGUUGAUAGGUAAUUUAAUUUCAAUAGGGGCG